AUAAGAGCUCUGUGGCGGAAGUGUGCCCACAGUAGCGAUGGUGGGCUUGAGCGUCCUGCGGUCUGCUGCUGCUCUGGCAGCCAGACUGAAUCCUUUAAAACGUGGCGUUCCCGUUGGGACUUUGCUCUCUGGGUCUGCGCUACGGACAGAAAAAGCGGUGGUCCGUUAUGGGAGCCACGGGAAAAGUAUGUUUGUUAUCAAACCUACCGACUACUACGACAGAAGAUUCCUGCGUCUCAUGAAAUAUUACGUUCUUUUGACUGGUAUACCUGUUGCGGUUCUUCUGACCUCUGUGAACGUGUUUAUCGGAGAGGCAGAAUUGGCGGAGAUUCCAGAGGGCUAUGAGCCUGAAUACUGGGAGUACUACAAGCAUCCCAUCACUAGGUGGAUCUCGCGGAACCUUCUGGAUGACCCGGCAAAAGACUACGAGAAGAUGAUGGCGUUGGUCCAUAUAGAGCAGGAGAAGGGGCAGAUGAGGCUAACGCAUCUCGAGGUGAGGAAGCACAUGCGACAGAAGGGCGACGGGCCGUGGUAUCACUACGAGAUGCUGGACAAGGAGAUGAUCGACAACAGCCCCAAGUCCACUCCCGACAACUGAGCCCCCCCGCCCGCGGCCUUGCCGCCCGCAGCACCUGUACAAUGACAACAACUCUGUGUUGAUACUGCAAAUACUAUUUGUCUGAUUACUUUUCUCUGUCUCUGCAUCACUAAAGUGUGCAACAACUAUUUAAA